CGCCUCCAGUCUGCCAGAGGAUAGCAGUCGUGCUCCCAGUGGAAGAUGGCGGUGGGGAUGCUGUCUGGGGCUGGAGCAGAGUGCUGGAUUUGCACAAAAAGCGAACCCGGAUGGAUAUAAAGGAGAAGGAAAAAUGAACAUAUUCCUAUCUCUUUUCAUCGAGGUGUGGACUCUUUUGUGGUUUUUUUAACUAGAGUCUGCUGCCGUUUUUUUUGUUUAGUUUUUUUGGCUGGCAGAAAUCCGGGCUUCUCGUCGGGGAUUCACAGACUAUACAUUGAUAGCUCGGCGCAUAGACAAGGGUGGGAGAGAAAAGUGGACGAAAAUGUCGGAUACAAAGGUAAAAGUUGCAGUGAGAGUCCGGCCCAUGAACCGCAGGGAAAUUGAACUGAAUACAAAAUGUGUCGUGGAUAUGGAGGACAACCAAACAGUUCUACACCCACCACCUUCAAAUGCAAAAGGGGAGAACAGCAGGAAACAACCUAAGGUGUUCGCUUUUGACCACUGUUUCUGGUCUAUGGAUGAGUCCAACGUUCCCAAAUAUGCCGGUCAAGAGGUGGUGUUCAAGUGCCUUGGAGAGGGAAUACUUGAAAAUGCAUUCCAGGGAUAUAAUGCCUGCAUAUUUGCCUACGGACAAACAGGUUCAGGCAAGUCCUUUUCCAUGAUGGGAAAUGGGGAGCAGCCGGGUUUAAUCCCUCGACUCUGCUGCUCGCUGUUUGAGAGGGUCCACAGAGAGGGGAACGAGGGUCAUACUUUUAAGGUGGAAGUGUCCUACAUGGAGAUCUACAAUGAGAAGGUCCGUGACCUGCUCGAUCCCAAAGGGAGCCGACAGUCCCUGAAAGUUCGGGAGCACAAAGUCCUGGGUCCAUACGUGGAUGGUCUGUCUCAGCUGGCUGUGACCAACUUUGAGGACAUUGAGGUAUUAAUGUCAGAGGGGAACAAAUCUCGCACGGUUGCAGCCACCAACAUGAACGAGGAGAGCAGUCGAUCACAUGCCGUCUUCAGUAUCAUUGUCACGCAGACACUUUAUGAUCUUCAAUCUGGGAAUUCAGGGGAGAAAGUGAGCAAGUUGAGUCUCGUUGACCUGGCAGGAAGUGAGCGGGUGUCCAAGACUGGAGCAGCUGGAGAGAGACUCAAAGAGGGCAGCAAUAUCAACAAGUCUCUCACGACACUAGGCUGUGUGAUCUCUGCUCUGGCUGAUCAGUCAGCAGGAAAGGGGAAGGCCAAGUUUGUGCCAUACAGAGACUCAGUCCUCACCUGGCUACUGAAGGACAACCUUGGCGGCAACAGCAAGACAGCCAUGAUAGCCACAGUGAGUCCAGCGGCUGAUAACUACGAGGAGACUUUGUCCACGCUACGUUAUGCCGACAGAGCCAAGAGAAUCGUUAAUCACGCCGUGGUGAAUGAAGACCCCAACGCUCGCAUCAUCAGAGAGCUCAGGGAGGAAGUGGAGAAGCUCAAAGUUCAGCUCUCUCAGGCCGAGUCCAUGAAGGCUCCUGAGCUGAAGGAGAAACUGCAUGAGUCUGAGAAACUCAUUCAGGAGAUGACUGUCACCUGGGAGGAGAAAUUGAGAAAGACAGAGGAGAUAGCCACUGAGCGUCAGAAGCAGCUUGAGAGUAUGGGUAUCUCUCUGGAGACAUCAGGGAUUAAAGUGGGUGAAGACAAGUGCUUCCUGGUCAAUCUAAAUGCGGAUCCUGCCCUAAAUGAGCUACUGGUCUACUACCUGAAGGAGCACACGCGGGUGGGCGCAGACACGUCUCAGGACAUCCAGCUGUUUGGGAUCGGUAUCCAGCCGGAGCACUGUGUCCUGGAGCUCUGCCCAGAUGGUGAUGUCACCCUGAUGCCCAUAGGGAAUGCCAGGACCUGUGUGAACGGAACAAUGAUUGAUUCCUUGGUGCACCUGUGGCACGGAGAUCGUAUCCUAUGGGGCAACAAUCACUUCUUCAGGAUUAAUCUCCCUAAACGCAAGCGACGGGAUCGUUUAAAGGAGCUGGACAGAGCUUCUCCCAGAGAGAGCUUUGUUGAGGCAGAUGUGGAGACUGCCAGUGAGGCCUCUUCUGAGCAGGACUACAGCUAUGAGUUUGCCCAGAUGGAGGUCAUAAUGAAGACUCUUGGGAACAAUGACCCUAUGCAGAAUGUAGUCCAGGUGCUGGAGAAGCAGUACCUGGAGGAGAAGCGCACAGCUCUGGAGGAGCAGCGGAUGAUGUAUGAGCGAGAGCUGGAGUCGCUACGGCAACAGCUGUCUCCCGAGAAAACACUGCAACACCACCGCAGCAGCAGUGACCGCCUUACGUUCCCGACGCACACACCACACAGCAAGCUGCGACUGUGGACAGAGGAACGGGAUGAGCUUUUUCGUCAGAGCCUUUCUCGACUCAGGGAGCAAGUCGUGAAAGCCAACACCUUGGUGCGAGAAGCCAACUUUUUAGCAGAGGAGAUGAACAAACUGACUGACUAUCAGGUCACCCUUCAGAUUCCUGCAGCCAACCUCAGCGCCAACCGCAAGCGUGGAGCGAUAGUGAGUGAGCCGGCCAUUCAGGUUCGGAGAAAAGGGAAGGGGACCCAGGUUUGGACCAUUGAGAAGCUGGAAAACAAACUGGUGGAUAUGAGAGACCACUACAGGGACUGGAAGGAAGGCACAGAGGAGACGUAUAACAAGCCAAACAGUAAUUACUGUGACCUAUUCUAUGAGGCUCAAGAAAACCACAACCUGAUAGGAGUGGCCAACAUUUUUCUGGAGUGCCUUUUCCAUGAUGUCAAACUGCAAUAUGCUGUCCCCAUCAUCAGCCAGCAAGGAGAGGUAGCAGGCAGGUUGCACAUUGAGCUGAUGCGAGUCAGUGGAGCCGUACCAGAGCGCCUGUCUGGGGGAGACGACUCAUCAGAGAACUCCAGUGAGAGCAGCUGCUAUGAAGUGAUGGACACUAACGGGGAGAUUGUCCACAUGGCCAAGAGGCUCACCUGCAGGGUGCGGGUCAGGGAGGCUACAGGUCUGCCGCUCAACCUGUCCAACUUUGUCUUCUGUCAAUACACCUUCUGGGAGCACGGUGAGCCUGCUGUGGCUCCUCCCAUGGUCAGCCCAGAUAGACCUUCCCCUCGAAGCCCAGAUGCCCAGUUUACUGUCCAGUUUGAUCACUGCAAGGACUAUGUUGUGCAUGUGACGGAUGAGUUUUUGGAGUUUAUAUCAGAUGGAGCAUUGGCCAUAGAAGUGUGGGGUCAUCGCUGUGCUGGGAACGGACGUUCACUCUGGGAGUUAGACGCACUGGAGGCCAAGACCCAGACGCUCAGAGACAGGUGGAAUGAGGUGUCUCGCAGGAUUGAGCUGUGGAUCUCCAUCCAGGAGCUGAAUGAGCAGGGAGAGUACUCAUCUGUGGAGCUGCAUCCUGGAAAAGACAUCAGCACCGGAGGAGUCUUCCAACUCCGACAGGGUCACUCCAGGAGGCUGCAGGUGUGUGUGAAGCCGGUCCAAAACUCAGGCACUCUGCCUCUGUUGGUGGAGGCUGUGCUGUCUGUCUCUAUCGGCUGUGUGUCUGCUCGCUCCACCAAACUACAGAGACCACUCGACAGCUACCAGAGAGAGGUGGAGGACGAUGUGGAUAGUUAUCAGGAGGAAGAUCUCAACUGUGUUCGAGAGCGCUGGUCAGAGGCCCUGAUCAAACGUCGGGAGUACCUCGAUGAACAAAUCAAGAAAAUCAUUAACAAACACGAGAAGUCAGAGGAGGAUAUUGAGCGUGAGGCUCGGCUAGUGGAGCAGUGGGUCGGCCUGACUGAGGAGAGAAACGCAGUGCUGGUACCUGCACCUGGCAGUGGCAUCCCUGGAGCUCCUGCAGACUGGACCCCACCUGCAGGAAUGGAAGCUCACAUCCCUGUACUCUUCCUGGAUUUAAAUGCGGAUAAUCUGACAGUAAAUGAGCAGCUAACCGGCCCACACGCUGCAGGUGUUAACUCUAUCCUGCCCAAGGAGCAUGGAAGCCAGUUCUUCUAUCUGCCUAUCAUCAGACACAGUGAUGACGAGGUGUCUGCAGUGUGCUCCUGGGACUCAUCCAUCCACGAUUCUGUGCACCUCAACCGCAUCACGUCUCCCAACGAACGCAUUUACCUGAUCAUCAAAGCCACAGUGCAGCUCAGCCACCCUGCCUCUAUGGAGCUGGUGCUCCGCAAGAGGAUUGCUGUCAACAUCUACAACAAACAGAGUUUCACUCAGAGUCUGAAACGAAGAAUGUCCUUAAAGAACACGCUUUAUUCCUGUGGUGUGACGUAUGAGAUUGUUUCCAACAUACCAAAGGCCUCAGAGGAGCCAGAAGAAAGGGAAACCUUGGCCCUCAUGGCUGCUCGCGGGGACAGUGAGGAGACUCAAGAUGGGGAAACCUACAUAGAGAAAUACACACGGGGGGUUCUGGAAGUAGAGAACAUCCUCAGUCUGGAGAAACUACGACAGGCUGUGACAGUGAAGGAAGCGCUCGCUGCCAAGGGGAGACACCUAAGAAGGAGUAUCAGCACACCAAAUGUACAGCAUUCUUCAUGUAGUAAAAUAGACCUGACUGGCUGUGAGGAUGAAGACUGUAAGGACCACUGUGAUCAUGUGGAUAACACCAACAGCAAUCCCCAGGAGGGCUCACUUUGCACCACACCCAUCAAAAGCAAGGAGAAUCCAGGUUUGGUUCCAGAGAGCCCCACCUUUUUCAACUCCAGCCCCUUCAAAGUCCUCUCCCCUCAGCCACCUAAGUUCCUUAAGUCUCUGUUGCCUGUCAAAGAGGAGAACAAGACGAAAAAAGCCCUGGAGGCCCGGCCGCUGCUGGGACAAGAGAGCAUGCGCUCAUGUGUGGACAACCCUGCACUGCUCCCCCCUCCCUGCCCCUGGCGCCGGCCCAGGGCAGGCAGCGAGGGCCACUGCAAGCAUUCCACCUCCACGUCCACCUCCACCCCCACCACCACUCCCACCAGCAGACAGCUCAGCCACACACUGCCACACACUGCUCAGGACUCUGAGGAUGAGGAGACGGAUGUCGACAUGACCCUGAAUCUCGAUCGGGGCCCUCAGGAACACAGCAGCUUCCAGCAUUAUAUCCCCGAGGACUUUGCAAACUUUGAGAUCUACAAUGCUACUUUGGAGAGCCAGGAGGGGUUUCUGUCCUCCCGUUCUGACUUGAAGGGAAGCCGGUGUGGAGGUGGGAGUGGAGAGAGAGAGGUGCCUCGAAGCCCCACGGCCAGCAGUUGCACUAGCGGCUAUUUUUCACAUAGUGCCUCCAACGCUACACUGUCAGACAUGCCUUUCAGUGCCAGCGAGAGCUCCGACCACCUCAGCUGCAACUCCAGAGAGCCCCAUGAUCCUCUUGGCUGCCCUGCUGGGAGAGGCUGCACCCAAAGCAAAAGUGUUUCUGCAGGGAGUGAGACCCAGCAGCCUCCCCUCUCAGCAGGUGGCGUUCAGGAUGUGCACAGCCACCCUGCCUCCUCUCCUGUCAGAAUCCCUAAUUGCACAGACAAGAAGCAAACAUUCCCUCUGCCUCACAACUGUGUUCUCAGUGCCAGCCAGGAGUUCACUGACUUUAAAGGGGCUGACGACAGUAUUGGAGAGGGUGACUUAGCACAUUUUACAGAGGGAUGGGAGCAGAAGGGUUUGGAGUUCUCUACAAGCCAGAAGAAAAAACCUGAUAACAUAGAAACAUGUGAAACUGACAAUGAGCACUCCUCUGAUGUCUCUGAUAUUAUCAACACAUCUGUUCCUGAAAACACUUCAAUAGCUAUAUGCAAAUGUCCAAAUAAUACAGGCUCUGUCAGUGUAGCUGAGUCCUGUCCUAACACAACUGUUUGCACUCAAGUCAGACCCCCACUGUCUAUGCCUGACAAAGUCCCAGCUCCAUCUCUAGCAUCACCAUCCCCGGUCACACCUUUACCAACAGCCCCAUGCUCUGCCCCAACUCAGCUAGCAGGAGGAGAACCUCCAAUCCAGGAGCCUGCCCAGGGAGAUCUGCCCCACGGGAGUCCCUGUCCCAGCCCAAACCCCAGCAGUGCCGAGCCCUCAGGUGAUUCCAGCGGAGAUGAGAGCACCCCAGUGGCUCAGCUUCCUGACUGGAUGGCCCCUGGAGAGCAGGUGUGGGUGGGGAAGAGGAGAGGAACAGUCCACUAUGUCGGAGGGGUGGAGUUUGCGAAGGGGAUUUGGAUUGGCGUGAAGCUUGAUAUGGCAGUGGGUAAGCACAACGGGACUGUCCAGGGCAGAGUGUACUUCCGCUGUCCCCCAGGCCACGGUGUGUUUGUGAAGCCAUCUCGUCUCACCAGAGGACCACCAUCCAUGGACACAGAACCCCAGACUCUGAUCAGAUAGGACCCAAAGAAGGAUCGGCUCUCUGAGGAAUGGCAAGGACCAGAGGGCGGUCCUCAGAUCGGGCGCCUGUGGGUGAACAGCGGGUUGACUUGUCCACUCAAGUGAUCUGAGCUAAUGUGUUCUAUAGGUGUGUGUCUGCUUUCCUAAAGCAUAUCUGACCUGUGCAUUUAAUGAAGGUAUAUCCUAAUUACUGUCCACUGAAAAUUCACUAUGCACAUAUCUGAGUUUUCUAUAUGGUGAUAUUUUUGAUAGAGAACUUCACUUUUAACUGGGAGUCCAUAUGGAAAUAUUACCCACAUACAUUUUCUUACAUUGGUUUCUGAACAUUAUAUAUAAUAUUUUUGUAAGACAAUGCAUCCUCCCCUGAGGCUCAUAGUGGAUUAAUCUGGGAUAUGAAGAUUAAGAAUGUACUACUGUUAAUAAACAUUGAUAUUUACAUCAAUAGGAUAUGUCAGGGGUAACCAAAGAACUACGGUUCCAUAUCUGCUGUUAUGAGUAAUAUGUUAUUUUUCUAAUGUACGUAUGUGGAGGCAAACAUUAUAUAUCUGUGUCCAAGUAAAGCUUAGUGCCAUAUCUCUAGGAGUAAUGCCACAUACCCUGAACGGAGGACAAGUCUGCAAAACCUGAGUUGCUUUCAGUGUUUGAAUGCAGUUAUCAUGUUAAAUUAUCCUGUUGAAGUACUGUAACACUGUGGAGGAAAUAAUCCCCAUCCAGCAUGAGACUGUUGCUGUUUGAAUGCUUGCACUGGAAAGGAUUCUUGGAGAGUUCACCAACUGUCUUCCAUAUUGGACUGAUGACAUUUUUUUUUUAACUGAACUGACUGAGAAACUGAGUGUGUCAUCGCUUUAAUGCGGGGAACAAAGCAGCAAGGCUUUGUCCAAGGCCUGGAUAUACUGAUGCCUUAACGCCCUGUUUCCAUAAAGGCAGGCACAUAGACCCCAGACUACUCAAUGAACUCUAUAACAAGUUCACUGAGUUUUAAACUAACUAACUGUAUGGACCUGAAACCUGUGUAUGUAUAUCAUGAUACCCAGAGGCAUUUAAAAUGCCAUCCAGCCUCGCUGACUGACUGACUGAAUACCUUUUUAACUGCAUUUUAUAUGUUAACUGACUGAUAUAUAACACUACAUGUUAAAAGGUACUCAAUAAUGCAUUUUUUUUUCACAUGGAGGAUUGGGUGAAUGGGAUCAGGUUACAGAAGCUGGUGCAAAAGUAGUUUUAGAGUUGUCCUAUGAACUUUAUUUUUAUGGAAGUGGUGAACUGUGGAACUGACUAGAAAUAGUUAUAUAUCAGAGCUGUAAAUUCAAGUAAAUGAAACAAACCCAAGACCUUACUUUAAAGAAGAGAACAAAGCUGCUCUCCCUCAUAAGGAGUUGUAAAUAGAAAUGUAUUUGAACAUAGUAUUUACACUAUUAUAAUGUACAGAAUUGUAUUUAUAAUGUAUCUCAAACUGUUUUAAUUGGUACAAAAUGUUCUAGAAUAGAACAUUUACAAUCAG